GUGGUGUAAGUGCGGCCAUGGCGGGGCAGCGGCCGGGCGGCUUCCCGCUGCUGGUGCGCGGCGACUGGGGCUCCGCCGAGCCCCCCCGAGCCCUGAGGAAGAAGCUGCUCCGUUACUUCCAGAGCCAGAAGCGCUCGGGCGGCGGCGAGUGCGAGCUGCGGGCCGGGACCGCGACCGGGCACCUCCUCGUCUGCUUCUUGCACCCCGAAGUGAGGCAGCGGGUGCUCGACCGGCGGGUGCAUGAGCUUGAGUGGAAGCCCAGAGGGCAGCUGUCGCUAGUCGUCACCGAGCUGCCUGCGGACGGCUGCCAGGCGCAGGAGGUGGCACCAGUUGGCGAGGCCGAGGCGUCAGGAUCAUGUGAGAAACUGGAAGUGAAGAAAGCAAGCCCUAGGAAAUCUGUCAUAGUAGUAACCACUGCCUCUGGGGAGGAAAUAGAAGAUGAGAUUGUGGAAAUGUACUUUGAAAAUAAAAAGAAGUCUGGUGGGGGGACCAUUAAGUCCUACGUCAAAAAAGAUCAACAAAUGAUCAUCACCUUUCAGGAUGAGGAAGAUGCCCAAGAAGUUUUGCAAAGGAAGCAUCACUCUGUGAAAAAAAUUGAGCUGUUUGUGAAGCCAUGGGAAGUGGAUAGUCUCCAGGAGCCAGGCCAAGUGGAGGACUCUCAAAGAUCCCUGCCUUCCACCACAGUUGUGCUUGAAAAUGUGCAAGAGACAGUAAAGGACUGCAUGUUAAUUCUGCUGGUAGAGAACAUAAGUGGCUUGUCAGAGGAUGAUGGUGACUUCAGUGUGGAAAUGAUACCUGAAAUACAUGCUGCUGUCAUUACUUUUACUGGAAAUAUUGCUGCAGGGGAAUUUGUUGAGAAGUUUAAUCAAAACCACAGAGCAAAGGAACAAAAUAUUACUGCACGGUGCCUUGAGCUAACAAAAAGCAUUAGGGCUGAAAAUUUACCACCUAACAUACCGAGUGACCAUAUAACCAUCUACUUUGAGAAUAAGAAGAGUGGAGGUGCACAUGUGGAGGAAGUUCAGCAGCUGCCUGAUGAAGAUGCAGCUAUCAUUACAUUCAAUGACCAUAAAGAUGUAACCAAUGUCUUGGCAAAGAAGCAUUCACUCAACAAAACACCAAUCUUUGUCUAUCCUUUCUACACCUCGCUGGGAACAGCUCUAUAUGGAAAGGAAGGGCCACAAAUAAAGAAGCCAGAUCCAAUUAUAUUCCCUCUGGAUCCAUAUAUCUGGUAUUACUUGCUGCAAAAUAAUAGACUAAUGGAAACAAUAAGUUGUGAAAUGGCAAAGCAUAAUUGUGUGCUAACGUGGCCUGAACCCUGUUGUGCAGACCCAAAAGUUACUUUGCAUCCUUCAGCUACUUUGUCUGAGCAGAAGCGAUCAGUAUCUAGAGUGAUCAAGACAUGGAAUAAAAAUGUUUCCACAGCGUUUUCACAUAGCAUAUCUAAGUACAAAGCAAUUAAAUGUCAAGUAAGUGCAGAGGUGUGGGAAGCCAUUAGAAAUGGCUUUACCCACGGUGAGUAUCUGAUAGUCCCAUGUAUUUCCAAGGACUUACUUGUUCUAGUAGGUGAAAAAGAAGUUGUGAAGAACGCUGAACAAGAGCUGACCCUUCUGAUGGAAAAGGCCACCAGAGAAAUUGAAAGAGAAAAAAAAAGAACUGAAGAAAUAGUGUUGGUGAGUCCAGGGGAAUAUGCAAUUUUACAGAGUACUGGCCUUGAAAAAAGUCAUAUGGAGUUCCCAGCCCUUCAGAUAAAUUAUGAUCCUCUGCAGAAGAUAAUUAACUUAUGUGGAAUGCCCGAGGAAGUUUAUAAAGUAAAAGGGGAAAUAUUAGAGAAUAUACACAAAAUGGUAAAGAAAACUAUUAAUGUCCACCCUUAUAUUUUCCAGUUUUUAGAGCAUAUUGAUAAUGAAACCCUGUCACAAAGCCUGUUCAUGACAAAACAAAUUAGUGCCUUUUAUGAGCUUUGCCCAGAUGCUAUCAUCUUGAAAGGGAAUGCUCCUGAAGAUCUCCUAAAAGCAGAAGAAGAAAUAAAGAAGGAACUGGUCUACAAAAGCAUUACAUUGGAGGAUGAGUCAGUCCUCCAGAAGCAGGAAUGGAGAAUGCUCACUAAAGAAAACUGCUCUAAUGAAGCUGUAACAGUCACUCAGGCACAGGGUCAGGUCAUUAUUGCUGGUUGUUCUCAAGCAGUAGAAAAAGCCUUUGAGGAACUUUUUAGCUUUAUAGAUAAAAACACCCAAGUACAAAAGUUCAUCGUAGGAAAGCCCAUGGCAGUCGUAAUCUUUUUUGAAAAAGAGAAGACCAGUGUUUGGGGUGAGUUACAGAAUAAAGAUGUGAAAGUUGAUUUUAUCACACAGAGGAAAUGUAGAGUUAUAUCCUUGAGUGGGCCAAGAAAAGAAGUGCUGAAGGGAGUCACCUUAGUUGAAGAAAUUCUGUCUGGCUUGCAUUAUAAACGUGUGGUAAUUAGAGAGCCAGGAGCCAAGUCAUAUUUCAAGGAGCGAGAACACUUCUUUGCUGCCAGUGCGAAACAAGACUUUGAGUGUCUAGUGAGGCUGGAAGAGCAGUCAGAAGAGCAGCUGGAAGAACAGCAAGGACAUAGUAAUGUAGGUAAACCCUAUGGGCAGGUGACCAUAGGUGGAGUUGUAGUAGCAGUUUAUAAAGGUGACUUGUGCACUCAUCCUGUUGAUGUUGUGGUAAAUGCCUCUAAUGAAGACCUAAAACACAAGGGUGGUGUUGCUUGGGCGCUGUUAGAAGCCGCUGGUCCAGAGAUACAGGAGGAGUGUGAUGAGCUGGUGAAGAAGAGCGGGAGCUUGCAGCCUGGGUGUGUGGUUAUCACGGGUGCAGGGAAACUCCCCUGCAAGAACAUAAUUCAUGCUGUUGGGCCCAGGUGGAGGAAGGAUGAAGCAGAACAGUGUGUGUGCUUGUUGAGACAGACAGUGAAGAGAAGUCUACAACUGGCUGAAACGUUUCAUCAUCGUUCUAUAGCUCUGCCCGCUAUAAGUGGAGGGAUUUUUGGCUUCCCACUGGAACUGUGUACGUAUUCGAUUGUAGCCUCCAUUAAGGAGACUUUGAAGGAAUCCAAGGGGGACAUCAGCUUGAAGGAGAUCCAUCUUGUGGAUAUUGAACAGAAUAAGAUUCAGGCUUUCAGCAAGGCACUGGGAGAAGUGUUUUCAGAUUAUCCACCUUUCAACACUUCACUGCAUCAGACCAGUACAGUUCAUCAGCCUAGGAAAAGGAAAAUUUCUCAAAAUAACAAGAACUUCCCAUUGGUAACCACUGAGGAAGGCCUUGACAUCAUGCUGAAAGAAGGAAGAAUUGAAGAAGCUACAACGGACAUUGUUGUCAUCAGUGUUGCCAAAGAUCUCCAGCUUGAUAAAGGGCCCCUCUCCAAAGCUUUGCUAAGCAAGGCAGGGCCAAUGCUUCAGAAAGGCUUAAAAGAAGAAGGCCUACAAAAAACACCUGAGGAAGGUUCUGUGUUGAAAACAAAAGGUUACAAUCUAAGUUGCAGUGUUGUGCUUCAUGCUGUUGUACCUGCGUGGUUACAGGGAUACGCAUCUACAAAGAUCUUGGGUGACAUCAUCACAAAAUGCCUGGAAAUUGCUGAGGAACUAUCUUUAAAGUCAAUUACUUUCCCAGCGAUUGGAACAGGGAAUUUGGGAUUCCCCAGGUCUGUUGUUGCUAAAUUACUGUUUGACAAGGUGUUUGAAUUCAGUAGUAAAAAUGGAGGAAGUUAUCUUGAGGAAGUUCACUUUCUGUUGCAUCCAAAAGACAUAGCUAAUAUUCAGGAAUUCUCAGAUGAACUUAAGAACAGGUGUGGAAAUGCUGUAGAUGCUACAGUGCAGAAGACUUCUCCAAGUAAGACUAGCCAAGAUACAGCUUUCCCUGGUACCUCUUCAAUGCCAGCACAGAAUGUACAUGAAAUGACUAUUGGCUCCAUCAUGUUCCAGGUGGCAGAAGGUGAUAUUACCAAAGAAGAGGGAGAUGUUAUUGUAAACAUAACAAACCAAACCUUCAACCUUAAAAUAGGUGUCUCUAGAGCAAUCCUGAACGGUGCUGGAAAAGCAGUUGAGGAUGAAUGUGCCCAACUAGCUUCACAAGCUAACAAGAGCUAUAUCACCACCCAAGCAGGAAGGCUGCCAUGCAAAAAAAUAAUUCAUUUUGUUGCCCAAGAUGAUAUCAAGAUGCUAGUCUCCACAGUGCUUCAGGCGUGUGAAUAUCAGCAGUACACCUCUGUUGCCUUCCCAGCAAUAGGAACAGGCCAGGCAGGCCGUGAUGCAGCUGCAGUUGCUGAAGACAUGCUAGAUGCAGUAACUGACUUUGCAAGAAGUAACUCUGCUCCAUAUGUGAGAACUGUUAAAGUUGUCAUCUUUCAGCCACAUCUGCUCAGUGUGUUUCAUACAAGCAUGCAGAAAAGAGAAAAUUCUGCUAAAACAGCAGCCAAAUUACAGCUUUCCAAGUUAAAGUCAUUCCAGAGCUCUGAGAAUCUUUCCCCAAAUGGAAAAGCCAAAGCAGUUUCAAGGAAGAAAAUCGAGCUGGCUGUUGUGCAGAUUUGUGGUGAAAGCAAAAAGAAAGUGGAAGAAACUGAAGACUGGUUGAGAAGUGCAAUCUUAAAGGAACAGUUUCAGGCAGAAAUCACAGAUGAGUUUAUCUCUGAUUUCGCUGAAGAACAGAGUGAGGAACUGCGUGACCUAGAAAAUAAAUUAAGAAUUGCUCUUUAUUUGGAUGGUACCUCUAUUCGAAUUUCAGGUGUUGCAAAAGAUGUCUGGAUUGCUUAUUCGACUAUUCAAGACAUGAUCUACAGAGUAAAAAAUGCUAAACUGCAAGAGAGCAGCGCAGAACUUCUUAAAAGCAUAAUUGAGUGGAAAUAUUAUGAAAAUGAUUCCUAUGUGCCCUUUGACCAUCUCACAAAUACGCGCUUGGAAAACGCUUUCCUAGCAAAGGAGAAAGAUAUUUCAGUCAUCAUUAAUGAGAAAAAAUACACAGUGAAUUUAGAAGCUAAACAUGUUGUGGAUGACCAGGGAAAAUGUACACCCAUUAUACGUGUUGAUAAAUGUCAAGAGUCAAUUGUACUCCCUGCAACAUGGGAUGAUAUGGAAAACCAGCGACUCAAAAUAGUGGAACUAAGACCAGAAACAAGAGAAUAUAAAAAUGUGCAGAAAAGGUUUCUGGAGACCUGUGAGUCGUUUAAAAUUGAAAAGAUUGAAAGGGUACAGAACCUAUAUUUGUGGAAGGCCUACCAAAUAAAAAAGUGUGAAAUGGAUAACAAAAAUGGCAACAAAAAUAAUGAGAGGCAUCUGUUUCAUGGGACAAGUAAGGAUUCAUUAACUUUAAUUAACAACGGCGGAUUUAACCGGAGCUAUGCUGGAAUGCACGGUGCACACUUUGGAAAUGGAACAUACUUCGCCGUUAAGGCCAGCUAUUCUGCCAAUGCCAGGUACUCUACACCAGAUAUGGAUGGGAAGAAGUACAUGUACUUGGCUCGAGUCCUUGUUGGAGAAUAUUCUCAGGGGAGAAAAGGAUCAAUUCUUCCAGCAGCAAAAAAAGCUAGUGACUCUACAGAUCGGUUUGACAGUUCAACUGAUGAUGUGAAGCAGCCAUCCAUUUUCGUCAUAUUUCAUGAUGCUCAAGCUUAUCCAGAAUACCUUAUCACUUUCACUGCAUAAGCAUUUUGAUUGCAGCCAUCAUUUCUGGUCUUUCAAUCUUUCCUGGGAUCUAAACACUUUUAUAACAAAAUAUACAGUGAAAAGAACAAGUAGUUUUAACAAAUCAAUUUCUUACAGCUUAUUUACAUUUAAGUAACCUCUGUCAAUUUUUGAUACACUGAAAGACUGCUUGUUUACACUCGGUGUAGCUAUUUAACAUAUUUAACAUGAGAGCUCGAUAUUCUACUGAAAACGGCUGUUAGGUUACAUAUCAAUCCUUUAUCCCAUAUUAGCCUUUCCAUUCAGCCAUAUGGCCAUCCAAGUUGCACUACGCAGUGGGGAGUGCUGAUGAGGGAGUGAAAGGGAUCUUCUUUCAGUGUUGCAUUUCUGAUGUCUUCUUGCACUCUGUGACAGUCUGCAUUGUAAAUUCUGAUACAGUGGUUUUCAGUAUGUGAACUAGUUGUAGUUAA